AUGAGACGUAGAAGUUUAGAAAGCUCCGUAGAAAGGAGAUUCGCACCUCAAAUGGCAGAACCUAUGCCAAACGACGCUAAUAUGGAGUCUAUCAUUUCAAACCUUCAGUAUAAGUUAACAGGACUUGAGCAAAAAUACAAUCAGUUUGUAGGCCAAUGUGCCAAGAUAUUCAAAGAAAAUCAAUUAAGAUCUUAUAAUGACAGCGGCUCGGAAGACGCAAGUGCUUUGCAGCUUAUGCAGGAACUGUCUUCAGAAAGAACGAAAUUUGAUAAAGAGCUUUACUCUCUUAUAGGCUCUCAAAACAGUCGAGUUGAAACAGACAUUCAAGAGAUGUUUAAAAGGAUUACUCAGAAAAUCAGCGAAGCAAAAGAUAUAGCAAUCCAACAAUUGCCUCAGCGUGGAGACUAUAGAGAGCGGGUUUCUGAAGUCUUUAUUGGUCUGACUGAAAGUAUAUGAGCCAUUAUGUCUAAUAAAGAAAGACAAAGGGAAACGAAUAGCUGAAUUCGGAAUAUUAUGGAUCUAGAAGAUAAUAAGCGGCAAAUAGAAAGGGGCAAUAAGGAUUACUCAGAAGCAAAGAAAUAUAAAAAUCUAUAUAUUAAGAUAUUUGAAGAAAAGCACGAUCUUGAAGUUAAGCUAAAAGAAAUGCAAGAAAUUCUUAACAGAAAAGGGGCUGAAGUGUCAAAAUCUGAGCAAAAACUGCACCAUAUUCAAGGCAAGUUGGAUACUCUAAUGGAUGAAAACGACAAACUGAGAGAAACGCUCAGUGACGCAACUAAAAAAUAUGCGAGACUUGAGCGGUCUUCGAGUAAAAAUCGACCGAACCAUUUAAGCCCUGCUCGAGAUGAAUUAGGAGGGUCCCAUCGUUUGAGGAAAACAUCUCCUAAUAGCUUUAAGUUUUUCCAAGCAACUGAUGGAUUUAAUUUAAGUUUAAAGCUUGAGCUAGAGCGAGCACAUGAUGAAAUCAAAAGAAUUCGCGAAGAAAGAGACUCCUUAAGAGCUUGAAAAGAGCAGAAAUCUCAAAGCCUUACGCAAGAUUAUGAAAAUGAAAAAGCGACUUUCCAAAAGAAGCUUAACAGUCUACAAGAUCGUCUAUUGAGCUUCUCAAAUGUAGCAAAAAAUUUAAUUGAAAACAGUCUUCAAGCAGAUAAAGCACAAACAGAUAGAGAUCCAGCAACUUUAAGGAAAACUAGCCAGAUUAGAAAAGAGCUAAUUCCCGUGAGUGAACAAAACCUUAGAAAAAUCCAUAUUUUUUUGCCCAAAAACCCACCCUCCGUGAGUGAACAAAAAUUUUUGUAAUAGAAAAAUUUUUUAUGGAAAAAAGUUUUAAUAUAUAAAUGAUAAUUAGUAUAAUGAAAUAUAGAGCUAAUUCUGUUUAAUUUUAAACAAAUUGCUUUUUAAAACAUAAAUUUUGCAAAUUGAAUUAAUAUUUGCUUUCCAAUUUUUGCGAAUUAGGAUUUUUUUAAAUUUCGAAAAAAAAAUUAACCACCCUCCGUGAGUGAACAAAAUUUUUUUUGUUCACUCACGGAGGGGGGAGUAAAGAAAAAAAAUCCAGCAAAUCAAAACUGAAAAUCCUGGAAAGCAAAACAUCGAGAGCCCGAUGUUGAGUCCACUGGGAUCUCCAAAAUCUUCAAGUCGAGGAAAUAGUCCAAUGGUUGAUGUGUCAUUCUUGAUCAAAACAAAUAAAUCUCUAGAAAAAGAAAGAACUCGCUUGGAAAACGCUGUUAGCUAUGAGAGAAAUCAAGCAGACAAGUAUUGUGAAGCUCUUGAGCUUAAAAAUCAAGAAUUAAUUGAAAAGGAAAAAUUGAUUGAUGACCUCAACGAAAAAGAAAAAUCUCUCCAAAAUGAGCUAGAGUUGAUGGAAAAAGAAAAAGGAGUAAUUAUUACUUAAAUUAUUAUCGAAUAGCUCCCAGGCAGCCAUCUCGGCUUUUCACGUACCUUACUUCGCUCCAUUACCUACUCUCCAAUCCGAUUCUAUUGCAUAAAGUCAUGUGCUGCUCCCUCCGGAAGAGGGCUCACAUUCACAAACGAGGAGGCAAAGAUGCUGGAUCACCUUACUGUAUGUCAACGGGGUUGGCCUUCCCGAAAAUUCAAAAAUGAAUUUUCUGGUAGACUAUCGACCAGACUAAAACUUGUAGCCCAAGACGCAAACUCUUGGUAUAGGUUUGGAAAAAUAUUCGAUUGGCCAAGCGAGCUCUUUGGCCUUGCUGGGGCUAUCCCUUUCCAGCUUCCAAGUUUCAUCCUCCCUCAGGCAAAACAUUGCCUUGGAUUGGGUUGUGGUCGGUCACCCCAAUUGCGCUCCACCAAACCAAGUAAAACCUGUCGGACUAGCCCAUAGCACGCUGCUCUCCCUUCCACAAGGCCCCAGACUCCUGUCUGUCUACAGGUGUUAAAAGGGCAGGUUGGUUCGCCAUAUCAUUUUAUGUGUGAGCAAUUAUUGCAGACUUGGAAACGAGAGAGCUAAAGGCAAAAACUGCAUUGAAAGAAUUGCAAGAAGACAUGAAUGAGCAAAUUUUUGAAUUGACUCAAGAGUUAGAUAGCCUCAAAGAAAUUCAUUCAAAAUGCAAAUUGAUCGAAAAGCUCGAAAACGAACAAAACACAUUUAAAAAGACUUUCCCAUUUAUGCUGAAAAACAUUGAGGAUAUCAUUAAUGGAAUUCAUAAGCAAAUUGGUGAGAAACUAAAUGAAAAAAGCAGCAAUCUAGAAAAUCUGAUCAAUGAAUUUUAUCCCAAAUUAAAAUCUAUCAAGUCUUCUCAAGCUGAAAGCAAAGAAUACAUCACCCUUUUAGAAGAAAAAGUAGAGCAUCUUGAGUUUAUGCUACAACAGUCUCAAGAAUUAAAUCUUGGGCAGAUAAAUGAGUUUGACGAAGAUGUUCAGCAACUAGAAACUCAGAAGCUCAAGGAUCAGAAGCAGUAUGAUCUUAUAUUGCAAGAGAACAGAGAAUUAAGGGACAUAAAAGAAAAAUAUAUACUGUUUUAUAUAACCGAAAACUUUCUGUAUUAAAUAUAGUUUAUAGUUAGUAAAAUAACUGCUGGCGUAUAUAUAAGUUACAAUCACGAAGGAUGGUGUAUUAUUGUAGAAGAGCGGCUAAAAUGUAUGCAGGAUCUACAGAAAGACGUUGAUUUCAUGGAAAAAGGAUAUAAGAGCAUGUCGAAAGAAAACACUCAAAAAUCACUAGAAAUUGAGCAGCUGAGAUAUGAAAAUAAUGCACUGAGGGAAGAAAAACUAGAGCUACUAAAAGAAGGUGAUCAGAAAGAAAAAGAUAUGAUGGAACUGCAUUCAAAAUUCCAAAAUGAUAUAAGAGCUGCUAAUUUAAGCAUAGAAAGACUUGUGUAUGAAAAUAGCUUGCUAAAGCAAAGCAAAGAAGAGCUUGAUAGUAUUAAAGAAACUUUGGAAAAUGCCAAUAAACUAAUUGCAGAGUAUGAGUCAAAAGAAAAAAACAAUAAGUCUGCUUUGGCCGAAGAAAUAAACGACCUAAAGAGAUCUCUAAAAGAAAUCACUGGAAAAAAUAAUGAACUGAAGGCUUACUCAGAGAAAUUAAAUGGUCAACUUAAAGAUUGUAAUGAAAAGCUUUCUGGAGCGCUAAACGAAAAUAGUAUUUACCAAGAAAUAAUUGAUGAACUGAAAAAAGGAACAAUUCAAGAAUUACAGGAAAAUCUAAAAUCAAGUAGUAAGAAGCUCCAAGAUUGCAAAUCCAAAAAAAAAGUGUACAAGACCCGCAAUAAUGAUUUGCAGAAGGAAAUUGCCAGUCUGCUUUCGAGUUCAGAAAGUAUAGAAUCGAUACUCAAAGAAUCACAGUUAAAUGAGAGUCAGUUGAAUUCUCAGAUUAAAAACUUGGAAAUGACAAUCGCAGGAAAAGAAAAAGAAAUUGAGAAUUUGAAAGUUCAUAUAAUUGCGAAAGAGGCUCAAAUUGAAAGCCUCACUAGUAUUGAGAGCCAAGCAACUGAUGAAACUAAAAAACAAUUAGCUGUAUUGCUAGAACUAAAGCAGAAAUUAGAGAAUGAAAUUAAAAUUGCUAAUUUAAAAAGCAACGAACAGCUAGAAGAAAUUGAAAAAUUGCGAGAAGAGAUCAAAACUAAAAAAGAUGAAAAUAACAAUCUCGGUACUAUAACUAGCUUGAAGCUUGCUGAAAUUUUACAACUCAAGUCAGUAGCUGGCUCUAAAGACGAAGAAAUUGCAGAGCUAAAGCACAGCUUAAAUAAUGCUGAAUCUGACUUAAUUAUUAGAGAGAAAGAAAUAGAAAAAUUGCAUAAAAACAUUCAAUCUCAAGAAGAGCAUAUUACUGAAAUUAAAUCUUUGUAUGAAGAUAAAAUUAAGCAUCUCGAAAAUGAGCUUGAGAUAAAAAUUCAAGACAGCAAAAAUUCAUUAGCAUAUUUACAGCAAACCAAUAAACAACUAGAAGAAAAAAAUACUGCCCUUGGAAAAUCAAUACAAAAAUUAACUGAUGAAAAAGACCAGCUUUUAUCAUCUCUCUCAUCAGCUUCAGAAAACAUUUUCCAUUUGAAUGGAAAAUUAAAAACAUCUUCUGAAGAGUCUGCUAGUUUAUUAUCUCUUACUCCCCCCCUUUAAAUUGGAACAAAAUAUAGGUAAAAUUUCCACUUUUUUGGUAAAUUAAACCCCCUUUAAAUUGGAACAAAAUUUAAUUUUAUAAUAAAAAAAUUUAUAUAUAAAAAUCAUAAUUUUUAUGUAGAAAGAUUUGAUAUAAUUUAAAUGUUUCUUCUUAACUAGAAUUAAAAAUUUAGUUAUAUCUUGCUCUUGUUUAUAGAAUAGAGUAUAAAGAGCAUCUUAAUUAAAUAAAUUUAUUAGUCUUAAUUGCUAAAUUUUUAAAAAAUAAAUUUAAUUUUUUUUUUUAAAAAAUUUUCAACAAAAUUUUUUUAUUUUUUUGGAUAUUUUUUAUUUAAAUUAUUUUCAUAUAAAUUCAAUGCUAAUUCUUUACAAUAAUUGAAAAUUCACUUAUUUCUUGCUUUAUUUUAAAGAAUAGAGUAUAAAUGGCAUCUUAUUUAAACAAAAUUAGCACUUUGAUCCAUAAAUUUUCUAAAUUUUUUUUUUUUUAGUUUUUUUUUAUCAAUAAAAAAUAAUAAUUUUUGUGUAAAUAGUUUUGAUACCAAUUAAUAGUGGCGUAUUAAUUAAUAAUAAAAAUUAGUUAUAUCUUGCUUUGAUUUAAAGGAUAAAGAGUUAAAAGCAUUUUAUUAAACAAAUUUAUUAAUCUAAUUCGAUAAAUUUUUGAAAAUUUUUUUUUUAUAAACAAUUUUAUAUUGAUUUUUUUUAAAAAAAUUUUCUUAACCCCCCUUUAAAUUUGAACAAAAUUUUUUAGUUCCAAUUUAAAGGGGGGGGGAGUUAGACAAAAUAUAGAAGAACUAAAAUCGCAACUUAGUGAUUCAGAAAGCUCAAUAAAAGCUCUAUUAGAUACUAACUCCCUUCAGUGAGCGAACAAAUAAAAUUUUGUCCACUCACAGAGGGGGUUAAUUUUUUUUUAAUAUAUAAAUUUUAUUGUAAAAAUUUGUGGUCUAGUAAUUCGCAAAAAUUGAAAAAUAAAAAUUAAUUUAACUCGUAAGCUGUAUACAAUUCAGCAAAAAUAACUAGUUAUUUCACUAUACUAAUUAUCACUUAUAUAUCAAUAUAUUUUCUCCAAGAAUAAGGAUUUUUUCAAUGAUUGCUGACUCACGGAAGGGGAGUAAGAAAGCUCUGAAAAGUAGAAAUGAUGAGCUAGAAAAGCUAGAAAUAGAGAAAACAAUUUUGAUUGAAAAACAAAAACUCUCUAUUCAAAAUCUGCAAGGCCAGAUUCAAGAAGCUGUGAGUCAGAACAGCAAUGGAGAAGGAAAGCUGAGAGAAGAAUUAAAUUUAAGGAAUGAUGAAAUUUUAGAGAUAAAUGCCAGAAUAAGAGAACUUGAGGAAAAGGUAAAAGAGUUAUCACAAAUCAGAGACAAUUUGAAGAAAGAACUUGACGCAAAAGCGAAUGAGAAUCUAGAAAAAGAUAAAAUUAUAGAAAAUAAGCAGACUUUGCUUGAUAAUGUGUAUCAUUCCUUAACAGAAUCGAAUCAACUUGAAAAGGAUGAGUUGAAAAAGGCAAUAGAUACGCUAAAAGGGCAGGUUUCAAAGCUUGCAAAUGAAAAAAAAUUAAUAGGAGAAGAAUUGUCAGAAAAGAAUGCAUUAAUUCAAAAAUUAACUCUUAAAAAUCAAGAACUCACAAAAGAGUGUGAAGAGAGCAUAAUUAAUGUCAAUAAUCUAUCAAAAACAGCUAAAGAAACUCAAGAAAGGCUACUUGAUGAAUUAAAGACAAUUGAAAAGAGAGCAAAAGAACUCGAAAGCAAUUUAAAGUUAAAAGAUCAAGAGAUCAAGGAGCUUUCUCAAGUAAUUGCCCAUGAAAAAGGAUUAAAUGAAAUUAAAACAAAAGAAAUAGACGAUCAUGAACAAAAGGAAAAUCAGCUAAUAAAAGAGAAUAACGAAUUAAAGUUGAGCAUUUCUCAGUUAGAGUCAACAGUUAUUGACAAGACCGAGACAAUUGAAAGCUUUCAACUAGAAAUUUCAAGCUUAAAAUCGUUUAAAGAAAGCCUUGAAGAAAAAAAUUCUAAAAAAGAAAAAGAAUUAAACGAAGUCAAACUAAAAAUUAAAGAAUCGCAAGAAAACAAUGAAAUUAAAAUAAAUAUUUUAAAGGCUAGUUUAGAGAAAGCCAAUUCAGAACUGCAAACUGCUGAACAAAAAAACAGGGAGCUUCAUAAUAAACUCAACUCAGAUCAAAGUCCCCAAAAAUCAAGCCAGAGGGACGCUGAUGAAGCUGAAGAUCAAGUAAGAGAAGCUUUGAAACACACCAUUAACAAAAUCGAAAAUGAAAAAAAUGAAAUGCAGACUGAGUAUGAAGACAGGAUCGCAAAACUAGAAAAAGAAUGCAGCAACUUAAAGCUUCAAAAGAAUUUCAUAGAGAUUGGCUUAGAAGAAACAGGCAAACAAUUUCAAACAAUAAAAGAAAAAUAUGAGCAAUUGUUGAACGAAAAUAAAAAGAGAGCUGAAAAUGUAAUUGAAGAGAAAAAGGAAAGGCACUCGGAUAUUGUAAAAAAUGAUAAUGAGUUUAAGCUUGACUCAAAUCAGCCUCAAAGAGCUUCAAUUGACAGCAAAAAGGAGGACAUGAAUUUAGAAACUGAAAUUUCAAAUAUUGCUGUUGAUAUUCUUGAGAACCCUCCCUUUACUAUUGAAGUCCAGGAUGAUCUAACAAUUAUAAAGCAGGCAAUUGAAGUUCUUAUUCAAAUUAAAGAGAUUGUGAAAAAUGAAAUUCUUGAAGGGGACGUAGUUUUGCCUGAAGUUCUGGUUAUAGUCCUUAACGACUAUAAAAAUAGAAUUAAAGAUUUAGAAAGCCAAAGCAUUGAACCCCAGAAAUUGCAACAGCAGCUAAUGCCAGGGAUUUCAAAUAAGGACCAGCUUCCUUUAGAAUCUAUUCCCGAGGAUAAUGAUAGUGCUGUUUUUGAGUCUUGCUCAAGAGUUCUGGUAAAAUCAAUAAGAAUUGAUUCAAUAAUAUGGAAACUAUUUAGAACGGUCGAUGGAAAUUUCGAUUGGGAGCCUGAAGAAGCAUCAUCUCUCACUCCAGAAGAGGCAAUCGAUGAAGAUCUUGAUAAGAUUAAAGCUGAGCUUGGUGAUUACUUUAAAGAGGGAAGCAUCAUAAAAUCCAUUCGAGAGCUAAAAGUUUCAUUAGAAAAAUUAAAAGAAAACAAAAACAGCCGUUCAAGCUUUUCAUUCAAUGAAGACCUUGAAAUCAUGCCAGAAGCUGAAGGCGAACACCUCUCUUUUGACUCAUUGUCAUUCCGCAAUGAAUUUGGGCCAGGUCUUGGCCUAGCCCCAGUUAAAGAAGAAACUGAGCAUGAGACCUCAGAAGAUAAAAUCAAGCUAAAAGAAGAGCUUGAAAAUUGUCUGCAGGAAUUAGAAAAUGUAAAAAAUGAACUUGCCAAAAAAAUAUUAAAAAUUCAAGAAAAGAAAAGAGAUAUUGAAAGGCAUGAAGAACAAAUUUUAACCCUCAAAGUGCAGCUUCGAGAAACAGAUGAGAAGCUGCAGCAUGCAAAUACAGUGGAUACCGCUUAUCUCAAAAGGCUUUUCCAAGAGCUUAUAAAGGGAAUCCCACCACUUUCACAGGAAACUGAAAAAAUUGUGAAGAUAUUUUGUGGGAUUCUUGGUUUUACCCCGAGCGAAGAAAAUAGCAUAAGCAUGGAGAGGAAAGGCAAGAGAGGCAAAAGUGUUUUAAGUUUAUUUAGAUAA